AUGGGUACCCUCUCUCUCGGCGGCGGCGGAGUCCCCGGGGGAGCCGCAGCCGGGGGAAGGAAGAGCUUGCCCUACGGCGGGGGAGCGGGCGGGAGCAGCAGGUUAGACCCCUACGGCGGAAGCGGCGGUGGGAACAGCGGCAGCAGCCACCACAUGAUGGACGGCUCGAGAGGGGCAGCUACCGCCAGCGGCGCCGGCAUCGGACUUCACGCGGGAGGGAUGAUGCCUCCGUCCCCGUACAACGGCUCGCAGAUGUCGCCCUACGGGGCCCCCCAGCAGAUGCCCCAGGCGGCGCUCAUGGGGGGCAUGCCGCCGCUCACACCGGAGCUGCACGCGGGGAGUACGAUGGGGUAUCAGCUGGAUGCUCGGCACUUGCCCCAGCUUCCGCCCCCAGACCCUCGAUACGACACCAGGAUGCAGGGGGACCAGCAGCAGCGCGGGAGCCUGGGGGGAGGGGGGGCUGACGCGUCGUCUGCGCACUUGCGGGGCUCCACGGACGGUUCGUACUACCGUGGCCAACAGCAGGGGGCCGGAGGACAGCAGGGCUAUGGCCUGGACCCUCGCUACCCCCGAGUCCAUCAGUCCCCCCGCGGCCCCACGGGGUACCCCGACCCGAUGGCAGCGGGAGGAGGCGGGCACACGGUGCAGUUCUGUCGCGACCAGCACGGGUCUCGGUUCAUCCAGCAAAAGCUCGAGGUCUCCACGGACGAGGACAAGGAGGCGUUCUUCAACGAGAUACUUCCUCACACGCAGAGCUUAAUGACGGACGUGUUCGGCAACUAUGUGGUGCAAAAGUUGUUCGACAACGGCAGCUCUGCCCAGCGGGAGGCCCUUGCGAGCUUCCUGGUGGGGCACGCGGUGCAGCUCUCCCUUCAGAUGUACGGGUGCCGCGUCGUGCAGAAGGCGCUCGAAUAUUCUUCGAUCGACACGCUCAUCGCCCUUGUCUCGGAGUUCUGCGGCCAGGUGAUGAAGUGCGUCCAGGACCAGAACGGGAACCACGUGGUGCAGAAGUGCAUCGAGGUGGUGAGCACCACGGCCAAGACCGAGGGGCAAUACCUACACUCGCACAUACAGUUCAUCAUCGACGGCUUCGUGGGCCAGGUUGAAAAGCUGUCGAUGCACGCGUACGGGUGCCGGGUGAUCCAGCGCAUCUUGGAGCACUGCAUCGACGAGCAGAAGCAAGUCAUACUAGAGGAGAUCAAGGAUUCGUUUUCUGUGCUGAUACAGGACCAGUACGGCAACUACGUCAUCCAGCACGUGCUCAAGCACGGCCGGCCCACGGACAGGGGAAGGCUCAUGCGCGAGGUGAAGGAGAACCUGCUGUCGUACAGCCAGCACAAGUUCGCGUCGAACGUGGUGGAGAAGUGUCUCCAGUACGGCACGAAGGAGGAGCGCGGCGUACUCAUACAGCACCUCCUCUACGGCCACUCGGAUGGGACAUCGCUGCUGCAAGUCAUGGUGUGCGAUCCCUACGCCAACUACGUGGUUCAGAAGAUCAUCGAUGUGGCAGACCAGGAACAGCGACAGACGAUCAUCAUGGAGAUCAAGGCACACGCCGCGCAGCUGAAGAGGUACACGUUCGGCAAGCACAUCAUCUCCAGGCUCGAGAAGCUCUCGGGCAAGAAGAUGUGA